AUGCCACGCAUGAACACCUACCGCGAGCCCAAGCCCCCACCGCACCGUUCCCGCAGCCACCAAAGAAGCCAAAGCCAAAGCGAAAACAGCAGUCCCCUCCCACGCAAUGAAUCAAACUACGACGUACCCGCCCCGGAACCCAAGAAACAUCUCAGCAAUCUGGAAGGGCACCUCGUCGCAGCGAGUGGAGAGUUUGUCGGCACAUUCAUGUUUCUCUACUUUGCUUUUGCCGGUCAGCUCAUGAUCAUCAACCAAGCAAGUGACCGGUCGAUUCUGAAUGGGUUUGCGAGCAGUCAGCAGAACAUCUUUAUUGCUUUGGUGUAUGGCUUCAGUUUGCUGGUCAAUGUCUGGGCGUUCUUUCGGAUUAGCGGGGGGUUGUUCAAUCCGGCGGUUACCGUCGGCAUGGUAGUUGCCGGUCAACUCCCCUUCAUCCGAUCCCUCUUUCUCGUUCCCGCCCAGCUACUCGCAUGCAUGUGCGCGGGUGGAAUCGUCCAGGCUAUGUUUCCUGGAGACAUUAGUGCUGUCAAUACUUCGCUGUCUCAGGACACGUCUAUCGCCCAGGGAGUUUUCAUCGAGAUGUUUAUGACAGCUGAACUCGUCUUCGUCGUGCUCAUGCUAGCUGCGGAGAAGAGCAAAUCAACAUUUCUUGCACCCAUAGGCAUCGGACUGGCGCUAUUUGUAGCCAUGAUGGGCGGUGUAUACUUCACUGGCGGAUCGCUCAACCCCGCGCGCAGUUUCGGUCCAGCUGUUGCUUCAGCAUCGUUCGUCGGAUACCACUGGAUCUACUGGGUUGGUCCUUUGCUUGGUGCGCUCCUUGCUUCGGCGUACUACCGCUUCGUUAAGCACUUCAAUUACGAGCAGGCGAACCCGGGACAGGACUCUUCGGGUGGUCACUUCUCUGCGUGA